CAAUCCCUGUAGAUGCAGGCCAGCAAAAAUACUAUGAUUGUUCAUAGAGGGACGCUUCCCGUAACAGAGCGAAGCUUAUUAUAUGAGGAGGAAGACAUCAAAAUGUCGUCCACUGGCGCUCUUGGUAACUGCUAUGUGGACUCACUGAUAGCGCAUGACCCCGAGGACGUGUAUGGGCCGCGUUUUAUUCCCGCUCCGCACACGGUGACCCCUAGGCCGCCAGGUGCCGCGGGGGACUCGGUGGAUUUCUCCUCUUGCAACUUUGCACAAAAGCCCGGUGUGUUCCCGUCGUCUUGGUCCUCUGUCCACACGCCGGGUCUUUACCAUCCGUAUGUGCAUCACCACCAGCCGCACCUCCCCGCUCCGGACAGCAGAUAUGUCGGCGUCCGCUCCUGGAUGGAGCCCGUGUCUAAUUCCGUCUCAUUUGCAGGAUUUCACUCCAACAACCGCCACUACGGGACAAAACCGACGACAACUCCUCCUAAAACCACUGAGAGAGACUCUCUGGACCAGAACACAUCUGAAUUCCCUCCGUGUGCCGCGUCGGAGAGUCCAGAAAAGACAAGCAAAGAGCACAGUGGAAGCGAGCUUUCCAACCACAGCAGCGAGUCCAAAGACGAGAAACAACAACAACUUGACCCAAGCAAUCCAGCAGCAAACUGGAUCCACGCUCGCUCCACAAGAAAGAAGCGCUGCCCCUACACCAAGUAUCAAACUUUGGAGUUGGAAAAGGAGUUUCUCUACAACAUGUACUUGACUAGAGACCGCAGAUAUGAAGUGGCCCGAAUACUAAGUUUAACAGAGAGACAGGUGAAAAUCUGGUUCCAGAACAGAAGGAUGAAAAUGAAGAAAAUGAAUCGAGAGAGGAGCGGAAAAGACAUGUUUUGAGUUCUAAAACACAAUGGUCAUUUGUUUUAAACCUAAACCUGGCAUCUGCGGCGGCUUUUAACGUGUUAAUGACAGAUACUGUGUCUAACAUAUUGCUGAACAUAGGCCUAAGCCAAACACACAGGACUUUGGUUUGAGUGCGUGUCCGUCUAAUUUUGACAAAACAACCGAGACUUACUCUGAUCUGUAAUUAUUAAGUACUAAAACUGUUUUGAGGGAGCCCAUGUGAAAUGUUCUGACGGCUGUAAAGGAAUUGAACUUGUACAUAAACGU